ACACGCUGGGUACCCUGAUCGCAACGAGUAAAAAAAAGAGCUAUCCGAUAUUUCUCAUUGUCCGGCGAUAUCAAACGACCCAGCACUCAUGAACUAUCUAAUCAAUGAUCAAGCACGAUUCAUUAAAAUAAAAUCACUCGGCUAUUGUUCAUAUAACCGUCGGGAUUGUAUUUCAAUGAGAGAUUUUUAGUUUUCAAUCACAAUGCGGUUUUUCAUGAAAAUUGUAUCGUUGUGUAUACUUAUUACUUCGCAAACUAGAGGAGAGAAAACAAGUACAACAAGUACAUCUCUCAAGGAACCGAGAGCCUACCUCACAUCGGUCGUCGAUGCGCUUUGGCAAAAGAUCAGAGAAUACGGCGUAUGGAAUCUUCCCGUUCUCGACGUAACCGCGGAAUAUAACACCGAGACUAUGGGUUUCACUCUGUUGGGCCCGGUGUCGUUCGAAGAUGGUUUUGUUUUGGACAUGGGCUCCGUUGCGCUAAGUGCUCACAGGUUCAGUAGCGGUGCAUCGCCAUCGAAAUCCGAAAUCGACGGAGAGAUACUUGUACAGGGUUUACAAAUAUUCAGAGACUUUCGUGCAGACUUUACAACUGAAUCUAGAAUCGGAUCGAUUGUGUUAUCUCCAGUUAACUGUGCAUUCAACAUCCGGAUCACAAAGCCACAUAACAAUGAUACCGUCGAUUACAGCGUAGGGAAUGCCUACAGCAGUACUAUCGUUUGGAAUAUUCGUCCCGACGACGUGUUGACUAGAUUAAUGCGUAGAUCGUUCGGCCAUCAUUCAACCAAAACUACGGGGUCGUUGUUGGACGACACGUUGCAAUCUUGGAUGCCUAUAUUCAAGAGAAUGCUAGACGAAAUAGUCCCAAAUAUAAAGUAUCCUGAGCUAGUUUUAUAAUACUGUAUUCCAUCUAAUUAAAGCAUGACGUGUCAAAGUCUCGAAUUCGUUUGUCACCGUUCUGAAUUUACGCAAUAAAAUGAUUGAUCGUACAUCA